CGGACUUCUUUUUCAAAGCAGGAGAAAACCGGCUGAGAAAAGUGUCUGUUUAAUGUGUUGUGUCUGAUUUUGAUCAGUAAUGGCGUCAGUGCGAGUCGCGGUCCGAGUCCGUCCAUUGAACAAAAGAGAAAAGCAGUUAUCAUCGAAGGUGAUAAUUCAAAUGAAGGGGAACUCUACAUCUAUUUAUAAGCCUUCACCUGUUCGAGGGGACGAGCUGAAGGGCAAAGGGAAGACCUUCUCUUAUGACUUAUCAUAUGAUUCAACGGACAGAGGAAGACCCACAUUUACAUCCCAGGAGAGGAUUUUUCAUGACCUGGGGUCUGAUGUCCUGAAAGCUGCGUUUGAGGGUUACAAUGCCUGUGUGUUUGCCUAUGGCCAGACAGGCUCAGGAAAAUCUUACACCAUGAUGGGUCAUACAGAAGAUAAAGGGUUAAUCCCACGGAUCUGUGAAGGCCUGUUCUGCGAGAUAUCUCGUAGAAGCAUGAGUGAUGCCGUGUCAUUCCGCACAGAGGUCAGCUAUUUGGAGAUCUACAAUGAACGUGUGCAGGACCUUCUCAAGAGGAAAACUGCACCCGCAGAUGGAGGCUUGAGAGUGAGAGAGCACCCCAGGGAUGGGCCCUACGUAGAGAAUCUGUCCAAGCACUUGGCACACAACCACAGCGACAUGGAGGACCUGAUCAUUCUCGGCAAUGCCAACCGCACCACAGCCAGCACAGGCAUGAAUGACCUCAGCAGCCGCUCUCACGCCAUCUUCACCAUCAGCUUCACCCAGGCGCAUUUUGACGCAGAGCUGCCACGUGAGACGCUGAGUAAGAUCCACCUGGUGGACCUGGCAGGCAGCGAGAGAGCCGAUGCCACACGGGCCACAGGCACCAGGCUGAAGGAAGGCGCCAACAUCAACAAAUCCCUCGCCACCCUGGGCAGUGUAAUCUCAGCUUUGGCUGACCUCAGCGUGGGAGGACUGUCGACGAAAAAGAAGAAACAGCUCUUCAUUCCUUACAGAGACUCUGUGCUGACAUGGCUACUGAAAGACAGCCUUGGUGGAAACUCUGUGACCACUAUGAUAGCAACCAUCUCUCCUGCUGAUGUGAACUAUGCGGAGACCCUGAGCACGUUGCGCUACGCCAGCCGGGCUAAGAACAUAGUGAACUCUCCCACAGUGAACGAAGAUGGCAGCGUGAAGGUGAUCAGAGAACUGCAGGCAGAGGUUGCCAGGCUCAGAGGACUGCUGGAAGAAGCCAAUCAGGUUUCCCAUGGGGAGCCAUCUUCCUCCGUGAAGGUAGAGGAGGAGCUGCAUCAGAAUGAAGCAAGGGUCCAAGCACUGACCAAGGAAUGGACCAGGAAAUGGGGCGAGACUCAAAGUAUUUUGCAGGAGGAUGCUGUGGCUCUGAGGAAGGAGGGGAGUGGAGUGGUCCUGGACUGCCAGUUACCCCAUCUGAUAGGCAUUGAUGAAGACCUGCUCAGCACUGGAAUCGUCCUGUAUUAUUUGAAAGAGGGCAGAACCCUGAUCGGGAGUGACGAAGCAUCAUGCAGUCAGGAUAUUGUGCUUCACGGGCCUGGGCUCCUUGGUGAACAUUGUGUGCUGGAGAACCGUGCUGGGACUGUGACUCUGAUCCCUCAGGAUGGCGCACUGUGUUCAGUCAAUGGCUCUGUGGUAACUGAUCCCUGCCAGCUGACUCAGGGUGCCAUCACAAAGUUAGGAAGAGGAACCAUACUCCGGUUUAACCACCCGACUGAGGCUGCCCAGCUCAGGGAGAAACGGCAGAGCCGGCUGCUGUCUGCCUUCAGCCUGCCCUUGACUGACAUGUCCAGAUCUACCGUGAAUCUGUCCAAGGUGAUGCAGCAAAACCCAGGGAGGAUGGAACUGAAGCUCAACCAGCAGGAGGUGGAAUGGCAGCAGGUCCAAGAAAACCUGAACAGACGCAACAGGGACAUCAAAAGACUUUCAAAGCAAAACAGUGGGGCUCCCCAUCAACACAGAGAAGAAGAGAAAACAACGGGGGCAGAGAUGGAAGAGACUGGCAAUGACCAGAUGGAUACGCUUGCUGCAGAGACAGCUGUGUCCAAAGUGCCAAGCAGCUGUGUUACCUCUGCCAAAAUGGAGAUGCUCACGACUACAGGCACACCUGGAAAAUAUCCUGUCUGUCACACUAGUUUUGAGUUGGAUGGAGACACACUGCAGGGUGGGAUGAGCACCAGGGAUGGCCAGGAGCAGGAGAGGGACUCGUGUCAUAAAUCAGGGCCAGGGCUCACGUCUGAGAGGCUGUGGAGGAAAGCUCAGAGUGGGGCUGGAGCUGCAAGUUAUAAGGAAGAGGAGGUUUGGUCAGGGGAUGCCAGCUUCCAGCAGACAAGUGUCCUGGGCCCGGGUGAUGGAUGUGGCACGAAGCCAGAGGGGAAUGCUAACGAGAUCAAAGACGUCAUGUCUGACUGGUACAAGGAGAGACCUGGCUCUGGUGGGAGCUCAUUAGGCAGUGUGUCCCACCUGCAGAGCAGCAGAGGAACUAGCUCCACACCCAUCCUCCCACAGACCAGCACUCCUCCUCCACUCGACAGAAUGCCUCUCAGCAGUCAAGCGGCCCGCUGUCCACCUGAGGGAACUACCUUCGAGGGCCAGUUAAGCUUCAGAGAGAUGUAUGAAUCUGGAGGUUUGGAGGAGAUCCCAGGAGUGUGUGUGACAGGGACUGCAGCAGCCAAAGUUCAAAACUCAGGACUGGCCUCUUUGGUCAGCAGAGUUUCCUGGAUUGUCCAAGAUGCAGGGCGUCUCCUUCGGAGCUCUCCCACAGUAUUGCAGCAAGUCAGGGAAGAGGGAAUACAGCCUGUUGGGGCCCGCUGGUCCAGUCACAUUGUCUCUCUGAUCAGGGAGAGUAAUGCUCUCUCUGUAGUGAAGGACAGCCAGGUCGUAUCCAUGGUUAAAGGUAGCUUUGUCUUCGCCCUGUUGAAGGAUAGUCACAUUUUUUCCUUGGUGACAGAACUACCUCUCAUACGGCACAUCCAUAUGGAGAUAACUCAAAACCUUCAGCCUGAGGAAGCAGCUCAGAUGAUUCAGGGCUGCAUUAAUCCUGACAAAAUCCAACUUCCAGUCCUGACACCAACACAAACCUUUAGCAAGGCAGAGCAACUGCCAGAUGAUGUACCACCAAUCCCAGAAGAUACCUGGACAAGGAAUACGAGUAUCAGGGAUCUGCGGUUACCAAAAGAGGAAGACAUGGCUGAUAUUCAUGUAAAACAAGGAGACAAACUGAUUACAGCGCUGUCACCAGUGAAACACAUCAGUCAGUCAGAGGCUGUCCGUGCACCUGAAGACAAAGAUCAGGCAUCAGACAACUCAAGGCCUUUGCACAGCAAAAAGGACGUUCAAAUCUUUUGUCAAACGUUGAUAGAAUUUCCUGAUUCCCUUUUGUACCUGCAAACUCUGCCACUGCAAGACAUGAUGGAUGCUUUAAAAUCUAUUGUCUCUACCUCAGUGCUCACCUCCCAGAAGAUUAUAGCUCUCUAUUGGCUGAAUGUAGCUAAGUGCUGCCAACCUGAGCCUCGUCCUGCCCUCCUGAUCCUGGCGGAGACUGGUCUCUACACCCUGACUUCUGACUCUGGGCUCCUGGUUUUGUUCCAUCAACUCCCGUGGUUGCAGCUCAAAGAGGUGCAGAUAGGCUUAGCAGGCCACAAUCUGCGUUUGAUAGGCACCACAGAGGAGAGCAUCCUGGGUGUCUACACCCUCAGUCAGAAGCUUACCAAAGAGCUGUGCUGGGCCAUACUUGGUGUCAUCUGCCCCGGGGACAACAGGGUCUCCCAGCACCCACUGCUCCAUGGAGACUUGAUGAAGUUGUCUUUAGACUGGCAGGCCUGUGUACCUGACCUGCUGCUGGAUGCUGGUUUAAGGGUUUGUUGCCAGUUUCAGAAAAGUCUUGCUGAUCUGGUUUAUCUUCUUCAUUGUAACAUGGAUCAAGAAACAGUAACUUUGGGAGAGGUGCAGCUACUACUGUGCACAGGUGUGAGGGCGUGCAUCAGACCUAGUAGCCGCACUGAGCCUCUGGCCCAGCUUCUACUCACUGAUACCCACAUCGGCCUGGUGCAGGAGGAUGCUGUCUUUCACCCAGCUCCACGCUCCGUCACCACAGUGAGCUGCCGUCCCCAAUUCAACGACUUAACUCUCCGUCGGCGCUCAGAUGUGCGCUGCGUGCUGCUGCAUGAUGAAGACGAGCGCGGGGCUGUCAGACUGGAUGUAAUCCUAGCAAAUGUGAGGGGCAGGGGUCACCCUGAAAGCGUGACUAAGGCAGCUACCCCGCCAGCACAAGCUUCAAAUUCAUCUCCGCAUGCAGAAGUGUGGAAAUUAACUUUCAGUUGCUCCUCUGAGGCCGCCUGCCUGAUUAAUCACUUGUCAAAUGUCUGAUCAAGGACUGAACAGCCAGUAAUGAACAGCCCAGCUUGAAAACUCUCACUCACAGGGAGCAAAAGUGCAUCGCAACCAGACAAUGCAAAGGACAGCUUCUCUGGUAAAUGACAGUGAAAACUAUGACCUAUUUUGAAGUUUCUGUAUUGAUUUGUGUUUCGAAAAGUUUUUGUCUUUUUAAUAUUGCAUGGCUAGAGCACUUUUAUCUUUAAAACCCUUGAAUUUCUUUGUUCUUCCAUUGUUAUUGUUCUUUAACUGCUAGCCUCCCGUUAUUAUUGUUGUCAAAGAGGUUGUCAGUUUAAUAUGGGAUGUUUAAAAUAAUUAGGGGUUCAAGGUUUAACAGUGAGGAUUAAAAACAUGUUUGUUUAUUUCAUUUGUUUCAUGGGCAUUGUUUUUAUAGGAUUUUAGAUUACCAAUCUGAUCAAAUGAUCUCACUGUCAGGUUUACUUAAUGUAUGUAUGUCAAAUUGUUGCCAAUUUUAAAUAUUGUAUAUACAAAUAGAUCUAUUGAAAUGGAUAUGUGUGAAUAUAUUUGUAUAAAUAAAAGGAAGGUAAAUCCACUGCUGCUCUGGAGUCGUGUUUACCACUUAGAAUGCAGAUAAGCUCUGAUAGUCGAGCUUUUAACUCGGGAAAACAAAGAAUUCAGAGUCUGAUGCAUCUCGCUGCUUUGUCUAAUGUCUAAUAUUUUGUCUUCCUAUCAUCUUCGUCAGGCUUUCUUUAUUUUCCUACCCUCCUCUUUUUUGUUAGCUUUGGCACAGUCUUCUUUUCUUCCUUUCAGCCUCUUCUUCACUGUCAUGCAGGACUCUGCAUGAAUCUGUAUUCCACUCUUAUCAUCGGACUCGCCACUGGAAACAUACUCUUAGUAUCCGAGGUCAAGGUGAACCUCCUCCACAGAGUUACUACCUGCACAAUUACUCGUUGGAUUUAUACCUGCCAGUCAACAUUGUCUAUGAGAACUGCUUUAAAUUUUGAAAAGCUUGAUCAUGCUGCAUCUCUGAGACAGAACUCGAGUCUGAUUCACAUCUCGAGAGUUGGAGCCAAAGACUGUUUGCUCCUUGUCUUGACUGAGUGACCCCAUCCAGCAUGGAAAAUUACAGGGGCAAUAUAGUGCAAUCAGUCCUCUUGUCUGCUCCGGCAUGAAGGAUGGAGAUUUGGCCUCGAAUGAAGAAACACAUCACACCUCGUAGCAGUGAGGUUUGAGCCAGGAUGAAAGCUCAGGGAUGUGAAAGGGUUGUUUUUCUCCCUUUUGCUCGAGACAGUUAAUUAGCAUU